AAAUGGAAAGAACAUUAACCUCAAAUUUUUCAAUUCUGUGAAUUUAAAAAAGAAAAUGUUCUAUUCAUUGGGAAAAAAAUAUGUUGCUGUUUGAAAUAUUUAACUAGAAGAAGUCAAUAUUUUGACAACAAUGUAAUCGUAGUUUCAGAUAAAAUUACCCAAGUUUCUGCCUUCGCUAUUCGUCAUUAUUUCAUCAACUUUGCUAGCUUGUAAAAUCUUGAAAAUGUUCGACUAUUCGUGAAAUAGCUAGGUUUAUUCAUUGUUGAAUCGUACGUUCAUCACCUUGCUCGAUAUUUUAUUCGAAUGAUUAGUAAAGUUUUUCUGGUGAAAACAAGUGCAGAUUUUUUUUAUCGUUCGAGUACGUGAUUGCGAUUGACCAAUUCGGUUAUAUUGAAAUAAUGGCCAUUAGAUUGCUACUACUUGGUGUUUUCAUCUUUGGAUUUGGUUUUACUUCAGUUGUAUCGAUACCGGAUUCAUGUUACCUCAAACAGCAGCUGAAUUACCGUUGCACACCGUGUAAAUUUCUUUCAUUCGGACAAGAAGUAAAUUUCGGUGGAUUUCGCUCUUUCUAUUGCCCCAAUGCCCUACAAUCAAAUGGUAAAAAGAAAUACUGCUGUUAUGAUCUGUUACGUCGACCUUUUUGUUGCGAUAGGACUGUUUAUAUUGCCACUGGGUUGGUUUGGUUAGUAGUGUUUGCGGCGAUAACCUGUUCGAUUUGGAUCUUUUCUGGAUUCUUGAUGUGGUUUUACCAUAAAUUGUGGACGCUGUGUUUUAACUGAAUGUACUUAUUCGUGUUUUAUUCUUGUGUUUUGUUAUCGUAUUUUUUUAUUCGAAAAUCCGAAAUUUUAAUUUACGUAAUUUCAAACAAUCAAUGUUGAAGUAUUUUAUUAAUACAAUUUUUUGAAACUUUUUUUAAAUUUAUGUUUUUGAUAAUAAAAUGGCUGUGAA